CUCGAGUCAUCGAAAUGCAUACCCUACACCCCCUUUCCUGUUGCCAUCUCAGCUUUCAACAUUCAUCUGCUGGACCUAUUUCUGUCAACAGAUCUGGGCGUCCCCCUUUACUGUACGUCCCGCCGCUUGUGGCAUACCCGCGUCUCUCCUUCUUUCUGUGUGUCCCGAUAUACGGCAGUCUACUAAGUUCCCAGACAGAAGCUCUCCACCUACACGCUUAGACGGCCGAAACCGCUCUAGAUCUACACUUUGACGCACCACCCGAGAAUGUCCUUGCCGCGUGCCGCCCGGUCAUUCCCGACUUCGGCCCGUAUAUCAACCAGAGCUUUCGCAUCCCCUCCUUCUCUUCUUCAUCACUACAAACACUUCCACAACACACCCAUCCACCACUGCAAACCAACCAAACCCACCAUGUCUACUCUCCAAGGCUUCACCAUCCCCAAGACUCAGACCGCCGCCGUCGUAGAGGGCCUCGGGGCCGAGCUCAAGAUGGACCACAACCAUGCCGUCAAGACCGCCGAAGAGCUCAAGCCCGGCCAGUGCUUGAUCAAGAUCUCUCACACCGGUGUCUGCCACACCGACCUUCACGCCAAGACCGGCGAUUGGCCUGUGCCCGCCUCCCACCCUCUCAUCGGUGGACACGAAGGUGUCGGUAUCGUCGUCGCCCUUGCUGAGCCUGCCGAGACUUCCCCCGUCAAGCUUGGUGACCGAGUCGGUAUCAAGUGGCUCGCCGACUCUUGUUUGGACUGCGAGCUUUGUCGACGUGGCUAUGAGAUGAACUGCCCCAACGCCCAGCUUUCUGGCUACACUGUCGACGGUACCUUCUCUGAAUACGUCGUCUCCUACACCCGCCACGUCACCCCCAUCCCCAAGGGUCUCGACUCUGCCGGCGCCGCCUCCAUCCUUUGUGCCGGUGUUACCACCUACAAAGCCCUCAAGGUCUCCAACACCAAGGUUGGCGACUGGGUCGCCCUUCCCGGUGCCGGUGGUGGUCUCGGUCACUUGGCCGUCCAGUACGCCAAGGCUAUGGGCCUCAAGGUCAUCGCCAUUGACACUGGUGAUGCCAAGGAGAAGCUCGUCAAGUCUCUCGGUGCCGAUGCUUGGGUGGACUUUAGGACCACCAAGGACCUCGUCGGUGACGUCAAGGCUAUCACUGGCGGUCUCGGCCCAUCUGCUGCUCUUGUGACCGCCGCCAACAAGUCUGGUUACACUCAGGCUAUCGACUAUCUGAAGCCUUCCGGUACCCUUGUCGCUGUCGGUAUGCCCGAUGCCGAGAUGGGUGCCAACGUAUUCUGGACCGUCUUCAAGUCGAUCCGAAUCCAGGGUUCGUACGUCGGUAACAGGCAGGACGCCUACGAGGCUCUCGAGAUUGCUGCUGCCGGCAAGGUCAAGGUCGUGUACGAGCAAAAGACCCUUGCCGACUUGAAGGAGUGAGUACUUUUGACUUGAUCUGAUAAUGAUAGAGCUGACACGUACCGCAGCGUCUACGAGGACCUCGAAGCCGGCAAGAUCGCUGGCCGUAUCGUUCUAGAGGUCGCCAAGGAGUAAGAAGUGGUCUUGUGUUGUUGUUCUAUAGUCGUCAAAACAGGUCUUUGAUCUUGAACCAGUGAAUAGAGAAGCGUGUGUUAUAGUUUGUAGAUUGUAGAUGAUAGAAGUAAAGAUGAACUGAAGUGUCUGCGCCUCUUGUUGUUGGGCUCUCACAGAGCAGUUGCCUCAUGGGAGUUGUCGAGCACGGGGCCGAGUGUGUCCUCUGCAAGCUAAUGAGGUGGCUCACUCGCGUGCCUCUGAUAGUGGGAUGAAACGAGGUAGAUCUUGAUGGAGUGGGUGGUGCAGUCGUAAAUGAGUGAAGAUCUCCGUACUAUAAAUCAUGAGUCUCCAUUCAUCGACACCAAAAAGGUUCUUACCAGAGUCCAUGAACGAAAGCGAUCUCAUAUGCUGCUGGUGUGCUGGAGGGUGAGAGAGUGCAUAGAUUGUAGAGAUGCAAAUGCAGAAUCGAGAUGGCUGAUUCUCGUGGGGUCACAGGACUAAGAGUACCCGGCCGGCAUAAAGAACACCCGGUCCUCUUCAUCCCCGCGGCAUCUGCCGCCCAC